AAAGGUCAUCCUGGGUAAUAUUUAAACAGCAGACACAGUGUCAGCAGACGACACUUUGUUUUUCCCCUCAUUUGGUAACAUCAGCAUACAUCACCAUGAACUUCUCUCGCCUAUUUACAGUUUUAUGUUUAACUCAUCUGCUCGUUUGUUCAUUAUGUGAUAUACAGGAGGGCCUAGUAGAAGAGGGUUCUGGUACGGUGGUCACACACACAGACACACACACGGACAACGUUCCAGUGAUUGAUGAAGACCUGGUUACAACGCAGGCUCCAAAACAAAACCAUGAACUAGCCAAACAGGAAUUAGCGCCUGUUUCUGGUAUCCAUGGCAAAAAAGAAACAGCAUCGCUGAACCUCGUUUUCGUCAUUGUCCCCGCUGUAGUGGGCGUGGUUGUCAUUGUGGCGGUUGUCAUAGCAAUUGUUGCCAUUCGUAGAAAAACCUUCAGGGAAAAAAUGCUGCUGUAACAUUAAAUCUGAUCGCCUGCUGGAACUGUGAUAAACUUCAUGGAGAUGUGUAAUUUCCGUCACAUCUACAUAUUCUAAAGUCAGUUUAAAUGAUGUUUUAUAUUUAUCUCAGCCCAUGUUACUUUUUCCGGUUGUUUGUUUUUAUAUUUUCCACUGUGGCACACAUUCAAAAAAUAGAUUUUGAACUUUUAAUUUAAAGACUCGAGAUAUUCUAAAAGGACUUACAUGUACAAGCAAUGGAGCCAACACCAUUGCACUCCUCACAAAUCGUUCGGAUAAUUGAACUCUUCGUAAUUCUGUUUCCCUCAACGUCCGGAUUAUUGCAUUCCGGAUUACUGAGGUUUGACUGUAUAAAUAAUAUAUAUCUGUAUGUAUAGCUAGACUAGUCGUUAAUGUUGUUGACUAAACAUGUACUCAUUGAAUGGGGUCAAGAAUUUGUUGUCAGACAACCUUGUGCUGGAAAUAGCUGAAAAAAUACUCGAUGUUGUUCAUUUUGCAUGGCUGUCCAUCUUUCAACAGGAAAUGUGCUAUAUCAAAUUACGUCUUUUUUUUUGAGGGGGGGGGGGGGGUCUUUUGUUUGUGAUUUUGCUUAAUUUUUUUUUAGGUGUUGUUUUUAUUUUAAAGGUUUCUGUAUAAAGUUAUCCUGAUUAUAAAUUGCGUUUAUUUUUUUAUGUAUAUUGUUUAUUUUAAAAUAUUGAUAUCUUUAACUCAGAACAGAAUAGGGAAUAAGAGAAUUUCUCUCUACCCGGGAGAGAUAAUUAACUCCUCAGAGUAUUUACAUGGAGGAAAUUGAUCCUACGGUAUUUGUAUUUGUUUGUUAAUACAGGCAGAACUUAAUUCUAUUUUAAUGAACAUGAAUUGCUCAUUUAUUAGAACGUUUUCCAAUCCGUUUGUGAUAUGUGCUAGUAUUGUAAUUUGCAUUUUUUUUUUUUGACAUUUGAUUGUAUUUAAUGAUCCUGGAGCUGUCAAAAGGGGAAGAAUAAAAGAAUAUAAAAGCUAA